CUCCAACGACGACCCACCCACCUUUUACCGGUCUUCAUGAAACCUCUUCCGCGCUCUCUCUUCCUGGCGGAUGGACGCUGGUUAAGCCACUGCUGCAUUUAUAGUUUAUCUACCGAACAAUACAAGACUUUCUCGCAAUAUGACAGGGGACCAUAAUACAUUGGGCCUACCCAGACCUCCAGGGGGGCAGCUUUAUCCAGAAGAUGGUCCGGGUCUGGCCACGGAGCCCCUGUGUGACAACGGCACCCCCAGACACCACAUCCUCCACCCAUCUCACGCGGAUUGCGAAAGCUGGCAGAAGCAUCGGACCGGGCCGGCCGGGGGAUCGAGCCUGUGUUCCGGCUCGCCUUCCCUCCUCGACCCCCACAGUCUCUCGAGCAGCCGCGACACCCUCUACCUCUCCCACGUGGCGGGCCACAGUCCGCUUCUGCACCAAAACAGGACUGGGCUCACGCUGGAUGUGACCUCGUCUUUCGAUGUUGGAGGCAGUCUGCUAGUGACUGAAGGAGAUUUGGCAAUUAGCCCCAACGUGAUCAAAAGACGUCGGGGGGGCCUGAUCGAGCAGAAGGAUAUAGUGAAGGCCCACCAGGCCCAUAAGAUCCACAGCACACCACAGGCACGGCGCAAGGAAUGGGAAAUGGCCCGCUUCGGAGACGACGUUCCGGUCUUGUUGAGCACCGGCGACGGCGGCUCGGAGCGCAACAGGAGCCGCGAUGGAGCGGCGGCGUCCACGGGCGGGGUGUCCCCCGCUGCCUUCAAGCAGACCAAAGCGCAACGCGCCCGCACCAUGGCCUUGUACAACCCGAUCCCCGUCCGGGAGAACUGUUUCACCGUCAACAGGUCGCUCUUCAUUCUCGGGGAGGACAACGUGGUCCGCAAGUACGCCAAGAAAAUCAUUGAGUGGCCUCCGUUCGAGUACAUGAUCCUCGCCACCAUCAUCGCCAACUGCAUCGUCCUGGCUCUGGAGCAGCACCUGCCCGGAGAGGACAAGACGCCAAUGUCGAAGAGACUGGAGAAGACCGAGCCGUAUUUCAUCGGGAUGUUCUGUUUGGAGGCGGGGAUAAAGAUCAUUGCCCUCGGCUUCGUAUUCCAUAAAGGCUCCUACCUCAGGAACGGGUGGAACGUCAUGGAUUUCAUUGUGGUGCUCAGUGGGAUUCUGGCUGCAGCGGGCGCUCAUUUGAACAUCUCGGUGGACUUGAGGACUCUGAGGGCAGUGCGGGUGCUGCGACCACUGAAACUGGUUUCGGGCAUCCCAAGUCUGCAGAUCGUUCUGAAGUCCAUCAUGAAGGCCAUGAUUCCACUGCUCCAGAUAGGCCUGCUGCUCUUUUUUGCCAUCCUCAUGUUCGCUAUCAUCGGCUUGGAGUUUUACAGCGGCAAACUGCACCACAACUGCACGCCGCAGCCGGGAAUACUCGAAAACGAGACGGUGGACUCCUCUGAGUCCGAGUUCCCGUGCGGCGUCCGUCAGUGCCCGGCCAAGUACACCUGCGGCGACACGUGGAUCGGCCCCAACGACGGCAUCACGCAGUUUGACAACAUCCUGUUUGCCGUUCUGACCGUCUUCCAAUGCAUCACCCUGGAGGGGUGGACCACUGUGCUCUACAAUGUUGACGACGCUUUGGGGCCCAGUUGGAACUGGCUCUAUUUCAUCCCGCUCAUCAUCAUCGGCUCCUUCUUCGUCCUGAACCUGGUGCUUGGAGUCCUCUCUGGCGAGUUUGCCAAGGAGAGGGAGCGGGUGGAGAACCGCAGGGCCUUCAUGAAACUGAGGCGCCAGCAGCAGAUCGAGCGAGAGCUCAACGGUUACCGGGCCUGGAUCGACAGAGCAGAGGAGGUCAUACUCGCCGAGGAAAAUAAGAAUCCCGGACCCUCUGCCCUUGAUGUGCUGAAGAGAGCCACCACGAUUAAAAAGAGAGCUACGGACUCGCCGCAUCGCAGUCCGGGGGAGGAACAAUACGGCGACAUUUCUUCCGUCGGCAUCCCCAUGGCCAGAGAGAGCUUCAGGAGCGGCAGGCGAGGUCCCGCCGCCUAUUUCCGCCGCAAGGAACGGCUUUUGCGAAUCUCCAUUCGGCGCGUGGUGAAGACGCACACCUUCUACUGGACGGUGCUGGGCCUGGUCGCUCUCAACACGCUGUGCGUGGCCAUCGUCCACCACAACCAGCCCGUCUGGCUCUCCAACUUCCUGUACUAUGCAGAGUUCUUGUUCCUGGCCCUGUUCCUGACUGAGAUGUUCCUGAAGAUGUACAGCCUGGGCCCCCGCCUCUACUUCCACUCCUCUUUCAACUGCUUUGACUGCAGCGUGAUCGUUGGCAGCAUCUUUGAGGUACUCUGGGGAGUCUUCCGGCCAGGCACUUCCUUUGGCAUCAGCGUCCUGCGGGCUCUCCGUCUGCUGAGGAUCUUCAAAAUCACCAAGUACUGGGCGUCUCUGAGGAACCUGGUCGUGUCACUGAUGAACUCCAUGAAGUCUAUCAUCUCCCUCAUCUUCCUGCUCUUCCUCUUCAUUGUUGUCUUUGCUCUUCUGGGCAUGCAACUCUUCGGUGGCUGGUUCAUAUUUGAGGACUACACCCCCGCAAACUUUGAUACCUUCCCUGCAGCCAUCAUGACUGUCUUUCAGAUCCUGACUGGAGAGGACUGGAAUGAGGUGAUGUACAACGGUAUUCGCUCUCAGGGUAGAGUCAAGUCUGGCAUGUGGUCUUCAAUAUAUUUCAUUGUCCUCACCUUGUUUGGGAACUACACUCUGCUGAACGUGUUCUUGGCCAUUGCCGUGGACAACCUUGCGAACGCGCAGGAGCUCACAAAGGACGAGGAGGAAGCCGAGGCUGCUUUCAACCAAAAGCACGCUCUCCAGAAGGCGAAGGAGGUCGGCCCACUCUCCUCCUUCAUGUCUUCAGAGGGAAGUCGCAGGAGGUGGCCCUACCUUUACAGAAAAAGGGCCAUCCACCGCAGCCGACCCACCUAUUCCUGCUCCCUGGAGGAGGCACAGGGCAGCAUCAGGGAGGGGCGCCCUCUCCCCCCACUCAACCCGUCUAACCCUUUCAUGUCCAGGCGAGAGAGGAGAAAGAGGAUGACCAUGUCCGUGUGGGAGCAGAGGACCAGCCAGCUGCGAAGACACCGCCAGAUGUCCAGCCGGGAGGUUUUGUCCAGCGGCCCCAGCCAGGAGAAGGACGGACCGGCCGCCUCGGCCCAGUCCCAACAUGGCCGCCCUCAGUCCCUGCACCGUAAGGUUAUGCACAGCACUCCACCGGCGGGGUCGAGGUGCCCGACGGACCCCGUCGCAGAUCCCCUGGCGCCACCAACCAAGAAUCAGGUCUCAAGUGAGAUGUCCUUUGAAGCCGUUCUCUCCGGUGUUAUUCCCGAACCCCCCCUGGCAACGCUGCCUCCAGAGAUAUUGGACCCCUUGACUAUUACCCCCGAGGAUCCCCAGGAUUUCACACCAGAUCCCAGCCUGGACGUUGACGAAAGUUACAACAAGCUCAGCGAGCGGAGGAGCCCCAGGUUGAACGGUGAUCGUCAGCACAGGCCCGUAAAGAAGUUCAGACCGCCGGACGACUGUGACGCCAGACUGAUCCGGGGCAGGAAGCUGCUGCGUUGUCACCAGAACGGCGCCAGGAGUCAGGGGUCGUCUCCUCGGAAAGGAAGCCGCUCGGUCAGCGGGGAGAGGACCAAGCUUCCGGUGAAAGUAGAGGAGAGGCAGCUGGAGAGUGAAGCGAGAGAGGGACUCGAUUCUGAGGAGAACGGGCAAGGUGACCAGAGUGAGUUCGAGGACUCGAAGCAAGCAGACAACCAUGCGGGUGUCCAAAAGCAGCCGGAGCUCCCUCCGGAUGAAGAAGCGUGUCCGCUUGCGGUCGCAGAGAGCAACCAAGAAGACUUGGAUAAAUCUCAGCUCGGCUCCAGCGUGAUCGUCGAAAUGCCAGACACGGAGGCAUCCAUGGAGCUGUCUACCAUCACUAUUAACAGCAAGGACCGCGAAGCUUCCAAGUCUGAGGAGGACGAGGCUGAAGACAUGAAGGCCGUCCAAACUGCGAGGCCUGACAGCAUGUUCAUCUUCAAACCAGACAACCCGGUGCGUCGAGCGUGUCACUACGUGGUGAACCUCAGGUACUUCGAAAUGUCCAUCCUGCUGGUCAUCGUCGCGAGCAGCAUCGCGCUCGCCGCAGAGGACCCCGUCGCCACCACGUCGGACUGGAACAAGGUUCUGCGCUAUUUCGACUACGUCUUCACUGGCGUCUUCACCUUUGAAAUGAUAAUUAAGAUGAUCGACCAGGGUCUGAUCCUCCACGACGGCUCGUACUUCCGAGACCUCUGGAACAUCCUGGACUUCAUAGUGGUGGUGGGAGCUCUGGUGGCCUUCGCUCUCACCAAUGUGAUGGGAAACAACAAAGGACGAGACAUUAAAACCAUCAAAUCCCUCAGAGUGUUACGAGUGCUCAGGCCCUUGAAGACCAUCAAGAGACUUCCGAAACUCAAGGCCGUGUUCGACUGCGUGGUGACGUCCCUGAAAAAUGUCUUCAACAUCCUGAUCGUGUACAAGCUCUUCAUGUUCAUCUUUGCCGUCAUCGCCGUGCAGCUCUUCAAGGGGAAAUUCUUUUACUGCAACGACAUCUCCAAGGACACAGAGAAGGACUGCCAAGGUUACUAUAUCGACUACAGGAAGGACAAGAAAGAGGUGAAGAAACGAGACUGGAAGCGACACGAGUUCCACUAUGACAACAUCGUCUGGGCUCUGCUGACUCUCUUCACAGUUUCCACCGGGGAAGGCUGGCCCCAGGUCCUGCAGCACUCAGUCGACGUGACCGAGGAGGACAGGGGUCCGAGCCACGGCAACCGGAUGGAAAUGUCCAUUUUCUACGUCAUCUACUUUGUGGUCUUCCCGUUCUUCUUCGUCAACAUCUUCGUGGCCCUCAUCAUCAUCACCUUCCAGGAGCAGGGAGAUAAGAUGAUGGAAGAGUGCAGCCUGGAGAAGAACGAGAGGGCGUGCAUCGACUUUGCCAUCAGCGCCAAGCCGUUGACCCGUUACAUGCCCCAGAACCGGCACACGUUCCAGUACCGUCUGUGGCACUUUGUGGUAUCGCCCUCUUUCGAGUACACCGUCCUGGCCAUGAUCGCUCUCAACACAAUCGUCCUGAUGAUGAAGUAUUAUUCGGCCCCGCCUGCCUACGAGGCCGUCCUCAAGCAUCUGAACACGGCCUUCACCGUUCUGUUUUCCAUCGAGUGUGUCCUUAAAAUAAUGGCGUUCGGCUUGCUGAAUUACUUUCGAGACACUUGGAACAUUUUUGACUUCAUCACCGUACUUGGCAGCAUCACUGAGAUUGUGGUGGACCUGCAGUUCGUGGACACUUUCAACAUGAGUUUCUUGAAGCUGUUCAGAGCGGCGCGUCUGAUCAAGCUGCUGAGACAAGGCUACACCAUCCGGAUCCUUCUGUGGACGUUCGUGCAGUCCUUCAAAGCUUUGCCUUACGUCUGCCUGCUCAUCGCCAUGCUCUUCUUCAUCUACGCCAUCAUUGGCAUGCAGGUGUUUGGCAACAUUAAGCUGAACGAGGAGACGCACAUUAACCAGCACAACAACUUCAAGACCUUCUCUGGCGCCCUGAUGCUGCUCUUCAGGAGUGCCACGGGGGAAUCGUGGCAGGAGAUCAUGUUGUCCUGUCUGGGGGGGCAGCAGUGUGAGGCGGACCCCUCCAAUCUCUCACCCGUACCAAACAGCGGGCAGGAGGGAGGCUGCGGCUCGGACUUUGCUUACUUCUACUUUGUGUCCUUUAUCUUCUUCAGCUCCUUCCUGAUGCUAAAUCUAUUUGUGGCCGUCAUCAUGGAUAACUUUGAGUAUCUGACUCGAGACUCGUCCAUCCUGGGCCCCCACCACUUGGAUGAGUUCGUCCGGAUCUGGGGGGAGUACGAUCGGGCGGCCUGCGGUCGCAUCCAUUACACUGACAUGUACGAGAUGUUGACCAACAUGUCGCCACCCCUUGGCCUCGGCAAGAAAUGCCCCUCCAAGGUGGCUUACAAGAGACUCGUCCUGAUGAACAUGCCCGUGGACGACGACAUGUCCGUCCACUUCACCUCCACUCUCAUGGCCCUCAUCCGCACCGCCCUGGAAGUCAAGAUAGCUGGAGGAGGAGAGGAUAGAAAUCAGAUGGAUUUGGACCUUCAGAAGGAAAUCAGUGUCAUCUGGCCUCACCUCUCUCAGAAGAUGUUGGACCUUCUGGUUCCUAUCAACAAAGCUAGUGACAUGACCAUAGGGAAGAUCUAUGCCGCCAUGAUGAUCAUGGACUACUACAAGCAGAGCAAAGCCAAGAAACUCCGACAGCAGCUGGAGGAACAAAAACACGCGCCCAUGUUCCAGCGUAUGGAUGCGUCGUCCUUGCCUCAAGAAAUCAUCUGCAAUGCCAAAUCUCUGGCGUACCUCGGGCACAGUGCGGGAUCAGCUCUCACCAAAGGGGGCUUUGUGGCCCUCAGCCCCGUCUCCCCCCAAGAUAUGUUCCUGCGGCCGCGGCCUCGGUCCGGGGAGGGAGAGGAGAACGAUGAUUACUACCCGCCCUACCACCCGUAUCAAAUCCCUCACCACCACCACCACUACCAUUUAGACACACUGGUGCCCGAUGUCGUUGAGUACAACCAAGUGACGCAACAGUCGAGGGCAGAGGCGGCAGUUUGCAAGUCACCUCAGCGCGCGUUAUCCAUCAGAGCUUCCUCCAUGCCCAGACUGGCUGUGGAGCCGCAGCCCGGAAUGUCAACGGACAGAAAACCGAUGAAGCGGUCCUUCUCCACCAUCGGAGACCAGUGUGUGAAUCGCCUGUGGCAAGAACAGCAUUCCCUGGAGAGAGUCAGCCCCGACAACACGUACAGACUUCGACAGAAGAACUAUCGAGGCCCGAGAAUCAAUCAAAGUAGUCACGAAAGGGGGCGGUCCAAAGAGCGGCGCCACCUGCUGUCCCCAGACGUGUCCCGCUGCAAUUCUGAGGAGCGCAGCCGAGACCCGUCGUGCGAGACCAGACGCUCCCUCUCGCCUAAGGAAGGACGCCCUCACUCCUUGCAGAGACAAUUGAACACGUCCGCCAGUCCCGCCCAUUCGGCUUCAGACUCCAGCACCCCUCGUAAUCGGCGCCAGCUCCCACAGACGCCCUCCCGCCCUCGUCCUCACAUCUCGUACUCCCCCCUGGUGUGUCGAGAGCACCCCCCCGCCGCGGCGGCCGCCUCUCCGGCGGGACCCGGCCGGCUUUCGGACUGCCCGGCGGCCUCCGAGCAGGCCCGGCCCUCCCCGCGCCGGGCGUCCGGCCCGAGCCAUCCGUCUCCUCACCGUUACAUCUCAGAGCCUUACCUUCCGUUUCACGAGGACCUCGGGGGAGGCCAAGCGGGCGAGAGGCAAGAACAUCUCACUUUUGAGACCGCCGUGGCGACCAGUUUGGGACGCGCCAACGCCAUUAGCUCAGCGCCUCAGCUCAGACACUCCUGGCAAGUCCCCAACGGGCAUUUCCGAAAGAACUUGACGCAGGCGAGCCAAGCCGGCGCCGUCGAGCCGCUGAGCGACGAAGACGACCGCUGCUAAGAGAAACAGGAAGUCCGCGUACAAGACGAGCCGACCUCGUAGUGGCGCCGCUACUCGCUUUUAUCUGCUUUACGACGACUUCUCUUGUCGCCGCAAGUAGCAUCACGGGCGGAACUUAAUCCCACUGCCAAAUAUCAGCACCGUUUGCUGUCCGUCUCUAAUUGCUGUGUUUUCUUCCUGCGCAUAGAGCAGGGGUGUCAAACUUGUUUGCGUCGCCGCCGACUUCGUUAGUGACGGUGGGGCUGGUUCUAAUGCUGUUUAGUACCCGGCCCCCCCAGCGGGGACUUACCCGACAUAAAGAAACCAUCAAUACACAAACGCAAUGUAACAAUGCGCAGCUGUGCCACAAGCAUCAUCUGGAACAAUCCAGAAUUUAUAUGUACAGUAUCUAUUAAUAUGGCAAAAACAUGUAAUGAAAUCACAUCAUACUAACCAGACAUGCUGCUUGUUGGAUCUAUCGUGUGCAGAGCGCGGCAGCCAUGUUUUGCUAGUUGAAAUUGGCGAAAACGAGUUCAGUUCUGACCACCCAAUGAGUGGACCAAUAAUUGACGAUGUCAGUGAGGGUCUGCUACCUGGUCGUGUGAGGCAUAGUUGCCAUCGGAUCGGUUCAGGAAACAGAGAUUCGGUUUCUUCUACCAGCAUUACUUAUUCUGGAGGCCCCCGGGGCAGAUUAAAUGGAAACGGCAGGAUGUAAUCUAACAUCCACGCGCACGUACUGGAAGCAGCGCAGCCAAGAGAAAUUAGCCAAAAGGAGAAGAAUAAAAUGUUGGGUAAAAAUGAAUAUGUACAAUUUGAUGGAACAAAUGGAAUUGAAGUUGUAAAUGUUAAUGGAAAAUGUACGAGAGAGCAGGCCUUGAUGAAACCGCCUCAAGGUGGAAUGCUUACCCAAAAAAAAAAAAAAAAAAAAAAAAAAUGCAAAUCGGUACUAGCUCCGGUUUUAAGUUCACAUUUUGCAUCAUAGUGGGCACAAUAAUGGAAGGAAAUGCAAAAUAAAUUGAUUUUAACAGGAACUGAUUUACUGGCAUUAAAAAUUAAAAACAGGUGGCAUGGUGGAUCAGCUGGUAAAGCGUUGACCUCACAGUUCUGAAGUCCCAAGUUCAAUACCUGUGUGUGUGUGUGUGUGUGUGUGUGUGUGUGUGUGUG